AUGGAGAGCAAGGGGGAGGAAGUAGAACCUUUGCUAGCGCAUCUAAUAUACUCCGGGGAGAUAAAUCAGGAGAUGGCUGAAUUGUUUUGGAUACACUGCAGACCAGAGUUGAUGCAUGCCCAAAAAGCUCUAGAUCGUGAACUAUAUCUCACAGAGGAAUGGUCGAGCUACAGCAAGGAACUUCUAAAUAGCAAGUCAUCAACCAAAGAAGAUAUCCAUAAAACUGUCAGUGUCUUGCAACCUCAAGUUAGCCAAAUCCUACUGGAUUGUUUAAUGGAGAAAAAAAUUACAUUUCUUAUAUCUGGAGAAGAGAAAGGUGUCAAAAAUUGGUACACAAGGUAUUUGGGGUUCUUCUUUUCCAGGCCUGAUCCAUCUAUACGCCGUGAAUUAAUUCAGAAAUUCGGAGAAGCACCUGCUUCAUCCCCUAAUCCAGCACCUUCAAUUCCAAUAGCUCCUGAUGUUCAACGUCCUGAUAGACCUCCAUUACGUCCAUUUUUUCCUCCUGAGAUCGUGUCAAACCUGCCUCCUACAGCCGGUAAGCAAUCUACUGUUGAUCCAAAUUCUGCUUCGGGUGUACAAUCAGACAAGAAAAAGAGCAACAAGAAAACCAUUGUCAUUGCAGUUGUUGUAACUGCUGGGGUGACACUUGCCCUUUCUGUACUCCUCUUCUUAUUCUAUCGUAGGUUCUGUGGGGCUGGUUCUGCACAGGGGAGAAACGAUGAAAGGCCUCUUCUCAGCUUAAGCUUAAGUGACUAUUCAAUUGCCUCUUCGCCACAGUCAUUUGGUCUGGCAACUUCAAUAAAUGGAGAAAAGCUUGGUAAUCUGUCUACUAACAAGUCAAACCACAACAAAAGUGGUCACAGUUUCUAUGUGGAGUCACAUUCUCUAAGUGAUUCAAAAAUUGAGCUUCCAGUUGUGACAAUUGCUGGAGCUGCUGAUAACCCCGUCAAGUAUUCAUCAGGUAUGUCUCCUGGAGUGUUUGAUACCCCAGGACUGCCUCCAUUGAAGCCACCACCUGGAAGGACAGAUCCUCCUAAGCCACCUCCAGGUCCAGGCAAUACAAGCGCUCCUGCAGCCCCAUCCCCUGUACCACCGUCUCCUCUAAAUCCAUUUGGUGGACCACGCCCUCACCCUCCUGGACCACCUCCUCCACCUCCUAUACCCUCUGGCAGCAAUACUGGUCCUCGUCCACCACCUCUUCCACCUAGAGGUGGGCCUCCACCUAGGCCUCCUUCCAUAGGCUCAAAACCACCUCGACCUUCACCACCUGGACAGAUUCAGCCAUCAACAACUACUUCAACUGACAAACAAGAGGCUACUGGUUCUAAAACUAAGCUGAAGCCUUUCUUCUGGGAUAAGGUUUUGGCCAAUCCUGAUCAAUCAAUGGUUUGGAAUCAAAUAAAAUCAGGGUCCUUCCAGUUCAACGAAGAAAUGAUAGAGAGUCUAUUUGGCUAUGCCCCUGCUGAGAAAAAUAAGAAUGUGUUCAAGAAAGAUUCUUCAUCCCAAGAUCCGUCAACCCAACAUAUCCAGAUAAUUGACCCCAAAAAGUCACAGAAUCUGUCAAUUCUUCUCAAAGCAUUAAACGUGACUACAGAAGAAGUGUGUGAUGCACUUCAAGAAGGCAACGAGCUUCCCACAGAACUUAUGCAGAAUUUAUUGAAGAUGGCUCCGACAUCCGACGAAGAGCUGAAGCUGAGACUCUAUAGUGGCGAGCUUUCUCAACUUGGUCCCGCGGAUCGUUUCCUCAAAGUCUUGGUGGACAUUCCAUUCGCCUUUAAGAGGCUAGAAUCCUUGCUAUUUAUGUUCACUUUACAGGAGGAUACAGCUAUGGUAAAAGAGUCUUUUGCAAUUUUAGAGGCUGCUUGCACAGAACUCCGGAAAAGCAGGCUGUUCCUCAAACUGCUUGAGGCUGUUCUUAAAACUGGAAAUCGAAUGAAUGAUGGAACAUUCCGUGGUGGCGCACAAGCAUUUAAACUUGACACGCUUCUAAAAUUAUCAGAUGUAAAGGGAACAGAUGGAAAAACGACACUCUUGCACUUUGUUGUUCAGGAGAUAAUCCGUUCAGAAGGUGUACGAGCUGCCCGGGCAGCCAAACAGAGCCAGAUUACAUCCAGCAUCAAAUCUGAUGAUCUACCUGAGGAUUCUUACCAUGACUCAGACGAGCACUAUAGUAGCAUUGGCCUGCAGAUUGUCUCAGGUCUGGGUGGUGAGCUUGAAAAUGCAAGGAGAGCUGCUAUAUUAGAUGCUGACGGCUUAGCAGGAAUGGUUGCCAAGCUUGGUCAGUCAAUCGCAAAAGCCCGGGGUUUUCUAAAUUCUGAAAUGAAUAAUACAGCAGAAGAAAAUGGGUUCCGCCGGACUUUGAAAAGUUUUGUGCAGAAUGCUGAGGUUGAUGUUGCGUGGUUACUUGAGGAAGAGAGAAGAAUAAUGGCUGUAGUGAAGAGCACAGCGGAUUACUUCCAUGGAAAUGCCGGGAAGGAAGAGGGGUUACGAUUAUUUGUUAUUGUUCGGGAUUUUCUGAUAAUUUUAGAUAAGGUAUGUAGAGAAGUGAAAAAUGCACCGAUAAAACCAAAUAGGACACCUCGGAAAGAAGAGUUGGCAACAACUUCUACUGCUGCCCGAAAGAAUCCUCCCAUUGAUCCUCGUCAACGGUUGUUUCCAGCUAUUACAGAUAGGCGAAUGGAUAGUUCUAGUUCUGAUGAUGACUAG